CACAACCUGUCCUCAUCCUCCAAGCCCGCAAUAUUUCGCCGUAGGCCCAAACAUCCUCCUUCGAUGACGAGGAAUUUCUCCAUUUGGACAGAGUUGAAAUGGAAGUUGUUGGAUUUUGUCAGGGGGGCUCGGGAGUUUCGGGACGACUUCAGGCAUGACAAGAGCUGGAGGAGAGCGAAAAAGCAGCGGAAAGCCAGGGAGAAGGCGUAUCAGGCCCACCACCUCUCAGAUCUAAAAGCUUUGCCGGCAAUGCGGCGUCGUUCACUAUCCUUGUUAGCUGAAGGUAUUGAGGCUCACCAGUCAGCCAAACGGGGUUCUAGGAGGCCACGGGGUUCCAGUAGGCCAGAAUGCCGGCUACUCAGCCUCCCGGUCGAGCUUCGCAUCUUGAUUUGGGAGAACGUCAUUACGGGGAAUCACAUUGGUCUCUAUCGGGACAAUGGGCGGCUCACACAUGUCUUACUGGAUCACUCGAACACAAGAACUCCCGGUGAGCUUCUUGCAAUCACGCCGGAAAGUAUCAGAAAUGAAGUUGCGCGCCUUACUGAAUAUUCGGAUGGUGUAUCGAGCUGCCCGCCUCGAGGAACGAAGGCAAAACUGAGCCCUCUGCUCAAAACAUGCCGCACUAUAUACUGUGAGGCAAUCGAUCAUUUGUAUUCUGGGAACAACUUCGUUUGCCUCCAAAAUCAUACACUCAGGGACUUCCACAAGUCCGUUCUCCCCCGACGCUUUGCUCAAAUCCGCUCGUUCCACUUGCAUUGGCAGUGCAAAGAGUUAUUUUACGGCCACGGAGGGUUCCCUGCCCCUUGGAACGACUGGACCUUUCGAAGCAUUAUCCGAGAGAUCGGUGCCGAUAUACCACAACUAGAGAACUUGUCAAUCUUCAUACAAGGCCCGCUUGUCACGCAAUACUCAUAUUGGUGCCUCUUGAAAGGCCUACGGGAAAUCGUUGAUCUAGCCUCUCCGAAGUUUUUCGUCGUCAGGUUCCCAUGGCCGGAGAGGUAUUUGCAGAGCUUUGGGACCCAGCUCAGCGAAAUUGAUGGAUUGUUACGAGAUCCAGCCCAGGUCCCUUUUCGAGUAUGCCAACCGCAUCUCCAGUCAGCACAGGACCCGCAUGAUAUGGCAGAUACAGAUACUAUCGACGAUACUGGGUGGAGAGUAGGAGCGAUAUUUUCUCCGAGUGAAGGCGAGGAAGCAGGGUUCGUUAUCACGAAUUAUGCUAUAUUCACCCCAUUGUAAUGUUUGAAUUUGAAUACCAUGGCGGAAAGUGCGGGUUUAUUUGGUCACACACCGUGCCGCUUCCCCCGCUCGCCAAGAUGUUUC